AUGGAACAAGAAUAUACUUUAUUAGACAUUGAUGGACAUCCUUUCGGGUGGCCGAAGAACGGAUUUCCUGGACCACAAGGGCCAUAUUAUUGCGGUGUUGGAGCGAACAAAGUAUAUGGACGUGAUAUAGUUGAAGCUCACUAUAGAGCGUGUUUGUAUGCGGGUAUCAAUAUAUCCGGGACUAAUGCGGAAGUAAUGCCGGGACAAGUAUGUCAUAUCAAAUAG